GGGCACAUCACCCCCUCACUACUCGCAGCCCACUCCACGAGUCGUGGACCACGCCUCCCCUCUCUCCCCAGACAUCCUGCGCGAGCCCGUACCCCAGAAAAUCAAGGUGCCGCAGCUCGGGCUUUACGACGGAAAUUCGGAUCCCGACUCUCACAUCGGCCUUUACACGUCAUGGAUGGACCUGCACGGCGUGACAGACGCCCUACGCUGCCGAAUGUUUUCCCUGACCCUGGGACCAAAGGCGCAGAGAUGGUACCAUUCCUUGUAUCCGCACUCGAUCUGCACCUGGGGCCAGCUCAGGUCGGCGUUCCGAUCGCACUUCAUCGGAUCACAGAUCAGCCUGGCCCCCAAGGAAUCAAUCGCCAAUAUCGUCCAGGGCGAGGACGAGAGCUUGAAAGACUAUAUUGCUCGGUUCAACGACCGAGUCCAGAACAUGGAACAGUGCCACCCCGAGACCCUGCUCGUCUCCGUGCAGGCCGGGCUGAAGCCAAAAACCUUGUUCAAGUGGUCCUUGUGCCAAAACAAGCCAGCCACCUACCAGGAGUUCCUCGCCAAAGCCCAAAAUUACAUAAUGGCUGAGGAAUCCUCGUCCAUCCCGGUGCUGGACGCCACGUCAAGCAAAGACAAAAAUAAAGAUAAGUCGGGGAAACCCAGCAAGUCAUUUGCCGAGAUGCGGGCUAUGAGGAAGCAAAGGGCGGAAGAACUCAGAGAAAACUACCAGGGCGUCUUUUCGGUUGGUGCCGCCGCGGUCUAUGAGGAGAUCAAGGUGAAGGGCUUGCUGCCCGACCCGAAACCCAUGUUCACCGAUAAGGACAAGGUAGACCAGUCCCGGUAUUGCGCCUACCACAAGGCGCAUGGACACAACACAGAUCAAUGCCGAAAUUUGAUCGCGGCGCUGCUCAAGUUGAUAGACGACCCGCAAGUCAAGAAGUUCACUCGCCCCGGCGAGAAAAGAAAGAAAGGAGGCAGCUUCGGAGACGGCCUCGAUAGUGAUGAAGAUGCCGACGUGAACCCCCGGAGGAAAAAACCGCAGCAGGGCGCGCCCAACGAAAUCCUAACGUUCAGCCCGGUCCACCAAGGUGAGCCCAGCACCUCCGCAAGAAGAAAGAGAGACCGGUCCCCACGACCAGACACUGACCAGACUGAUCUUUUACCCCGACGCGUGAACACGAGCCGGGGUGAGUCCCUCAGGGGCACAAAGCGGGCCGAGCCCAUGGAUGAAGUCGAAAUCAUUUUCAUUGACGAAGAAACCUGCCAGAAGCAGCUUCGGAUCGGCAGCAGACUGCCGGCGCCGCUGAAGGCCGAACUGACCAGUUUCCUCCGAGAGAACGCAGACGUAUUUGCGUGGACCCACGAAGACAUGGUCGGCAUUGACCCGAAGGUCGCCUGUCAUAGGUUACAGGUCGACCCCACGGUUAGGCCGGUCGUUCAGAAGAGGAGGAAGCUGGGGCCGGACCGACAGCAAGCUCUGGAAGAAGAAGUGAUCAAGCUCAAGGACAACGACUACAUUCGGGAAGUCCGAUAUCCGACCUGGGUUGCCAACCCGGUACUGGUGAAGAAGGCCAGUGGAGCAUGGCGUCUCUGCAUCGACUUCUCUGACCUCAACAAGGCAUGCCCCAAAGAUAGCUACCCCUUGCCCCACAUUGAUUAUAUGGUGGAUGCCACCUCCGGGCACGAACUGAUGAGCUUUAUGGACGCAUAUUCCGGAUACAACCAGAUCCCGAUGCACCCAGAUGACGCCGAGCACACCUCUUUUUAUUCGGCGCGAGGACUCUACUGCUAUACAAUGAUGCCAUUCGGACUGAAGAAUGCCGGGGCCACAUACCAGCGCCUAGUCAACAAAAUGUUUGCUAGUUUGAUAGGUGUUAGUAUGGAAGUGUAUGUAGAUGACAUGUUAGUCAAGUCAGUGUAUGCGUCCGACCAUGUGAACGAUCUCAAUAAAAUGUUUUCUAUUUUGCGUGAUUACAACAUGAAAUUAAACCCUAAAAAGUGUACUUUCGGCGUCGGCUCGGGAAAAUUCUUGGGAUACAUCGUCAGCCAACGCGGCAUUGAUGCCAAUCCCGAAAAGAUCAAGGUCGUCCAGGACCUCCGACCGCCGACCUCAAUCAAAGGGGUACAAAGUCUGACCGGCAAGCUCGCCGCCCUCAUUCGAUUCAUUUCGAAGUCGACCGAUCGAUGUAAGCCGUUCUUCGACGCAAUCAAGAAAAACCACAAGUUCGAAUGGACCCAGGAAUGCCAGCAAGCGUUGGAAGCGAUCAAGGAGACCCUGAGCCGGGCUCCAACCAUGCAGAAACCUCGACCUGGGGAGACACUUUUUCUUUACUUGGGAGUUUCCGAUGUGGCGGUCAGCGCCGCCCUCAUCCGAGAGGACGGGUCUUCCCAACACCCCGUCUACUAUGUCAGCAAAGCACUCCACGAUGCCGAGCUGAGAUACCCGCCGAUGGAGAAACUUGCAUUCGCCUUAGUGAUUGCCGCACGGAAACUAAGACCGUACUUCCUCGAAUAUUCUAUAACAGUGCUCACCGCCUACCCGCUGAGGCAAAUCCUUCACCGACCAGACACGUCAGGUCGGAUGGUGAAGUGGGCAGUGGAGCUGGGGCAAUACGACAUCCAUUACCGACCCCGAACAGCAAUGAAGGGGCAGGUACUAUCGGACUUCAUAGCCGAAUUCACACCGGGACUCAGAGAAACGAGCGAGCAACCUUGGGUGAU